GGCGGCGGCGGCGGCGCCAUUUUGCGAACGGCGAGCAGCGGCGGCGGCGCGGAGAAGCGCAGCGGAGGUUUUCUGGUUUCGGACCCCAGCGGCCGGAUGGUGAAAUCCUCCCUGCAGCGGAUCCUCAACAGCCACUGCUUCGCCAGAGAGAAGGAGGGGGAUAAACCCAGCGCCACCGUCCACGCCAGCCGCACCAUGCCGCUCCUCAGCCUGCACAGCCGCGGCGGCCGCAGCAGCGAGAGUUCCAGGGCCUCCGUCACCGCUUCUAACUGCUGUAGUAACCUGGGUCCGGGGCCUCGGUGGUGCUCCGAUGUCCCUCACCCACCCCUGAAGAUCCCAGGUGGGCGAGGGAAUAGUCAGAGGGAUCACAAUCUUUCAGCUAAUUUAUUUUACUCCGAUAAUCGGCUGAAUGUAACAGAGGAACUAACGUCUAACAACAAGACGAGGGUCCUGAACGUCCAGACCAGGCUCACGGGCUCCAAGCACGUCGACUGGAGAGCGGUGCUGAGUGGCGGCUGCCUGUACAUCGAGAUCCCAGGCGGGGCCCUGCCCGAGGGGAGCAAAGACAGCUUCGCAGUUCUUCUGGAGUUCGCGGAGGAGCAGCUCCACGCCGACCACGUCUUCAUUUGCUUCCACAAGAACCGCGAUGACAGAGCUGCCUUGCUCCGGACCUUCAGCUUUUUGGGCUUUGAGAUUGUGAGACCGGGGCAUCCCCUUGUCCCCAAGAGACCCGACGCUUGCUUCAUGGCCUACACGUUUGAGAGGGAGUCUUCGGGGGAGGAGGAGUAGUGGCAGCACCGCCCACCACCCCGGCGCUCUGCGGCGGGAGCCCUCGGAGCCUCUGCUGCGGUCCCUUUGCGUGUUUUGCUUUGCGUGGCCGGCGUGACCGACUGCUUCGCCGAGGGCGCAGGCGGCAGGGUGCUCGCCUCUGCUGGGUGUGUCCGCAUGUUGUGAUUGUGCAAAUAAAUGCUCACUCCAAAUUAGCAGUAUAUUUCCUGAAGUUUAAUAUUGUGUUUGUGAUACUGAAGUAUUUGCUUUAAUUCUAAAUAAAAGUUUAUAUUUUACUUUUUUA